AUGGCAAUGGCAGAAUCGAGAGCUUUAUGUACAAUUCAUACAAAAACCUUGACGGACUCGGACGUGGCUGCAGCACAACAACUCGUUCAGCUAAGCGGAGAUGACAACAGCAGCAACGACAACAAUAAGAAGCAGAAGAGAAAGGACAAGAAUGAGAGUGAUUUUGAAGAUGAUCAGGAGUUCGAUCGAAGCAGCCAAAAUGAGAUCACUUCAAAGAUGAUUGAACAAAUUUUCGGCAAAGAAGAGGAGGUUGUUCGACCAAGAAAGAAAAGAUACAGGUCUCUUGUGUGUAUUUACCAGGCGAUGGAUAUGCCACUUACGAAUAAUGCUAGGCGUGGGAAGAAGUCUUGA